GUGGUUCACGAUCAUUUCAUUUUUGACUUGGAGCUUGCCAGGGUUAACAUGAAUUGCCGAAAAAAACCUGGAUCUGUGCUGGUGUUGGUUGGUGGCGUUAUUUUAAUAGUCACUCUCGUUAUUUUAAUUGCUUUCCCUUCUAUGUUUAACAAAGAGUUAGAGAAGCAGACUACUUUGGUAAACGAUACUGUUAUUUUCAACCUUUGGAAAGAUUUGCCAAUUCCUAUCUACCAAAAAUUUUACUUUUUUAAUAUCACGAAUAAGGAAAGUUUUCUGGAUUCUUCAGCUGAUCGCCUGUCUGUAGUGGAAGUCGGCCCCUACACAUAUUCAAGCAAGUGGGUGAAAGAAAAUAUAACUCAUGAAGAUGACACAGUAUCCUACCAGGAGGUAAAAACGUACCAGUUCGAACCUGACCUGUCUGUUGGUGCAGAAGAUGACGAAAUUUGGACCCUAAAUGGACCUUACGCGACCGCAGGUCAUGUGGUGGGAACCAAACCGGGUUAUAUGCAAGAUCUUAUGAACUUGGAAUUCAUAAGUCUAAAUCAAGAGUUAAUCAUAAAGAAAAAAAUUGGAGAAUUGGCCUUUAAAGGAUAUAAAGACAAACUUCUCUCUAAUCCUGCAAUAAAAAAGUAUUUUAAAUCUCCUUACAAGGAUGGAUAUUUUGCUUGGUUUUACCACAAGAAUGCAACAGACGAUGGCUUGUUUACUGUUUAUACAGGGGAGGGAAAUCAUGCAAAUGUCAAUAUCAUCAAAAGUUGGAAUGGACAGUCUAGUCUUAAAUUCUGGGCGAAUGAUUCGUGCAAUUCAAUAAAUGGCACUAAUGCCGAAUUAGGACCACCUCUUUUUGAAAAUCAGAAGCGGUACAGUUUUUUCCAGCCUCUUGCUUGUCGCUCUUUGACUUUUGAUUAUACGGGAGAACACGUCCACAAAGGUGUAACUUCUAAAAGAUUCCAGAAUACUUAUAAAAUUUUUGCUACUGAAAAGAUCAAUCCUGACAAUUACUGCUUUAUAAAAGAUAAAAAACAGCGAUCUGGAGUAUUGGACAUCGGUUCUUGUCAGUAUGAUGCCCCUGUUUAUCUUUCCUUCCCACAUUUCUAUCUGGCAGAUGCCACCUAUUUUCUUGCAGUAGACGGUGUGAUUCCAGAUGAAGAUAUCCACAAAUCCUAUAUUGAUGUUGAGCCUGUCACUGGUGUAUCAAUCAGUUUAGCCAUCAGAGUUCAAGUUAAUUUGAAGCUAGACCGAAACAAGCGUUUGCACCAAUUUGAAAACAUAACCUCCGGAAUAUACCCAGUAUUUUGGACAGAGAUAAGAGCUGAAAUCGACGACGAUCUCUCACACAUGUUUAAUGAUCAGCUUCAUAAACCUAAAAGUGUGGCAUAUGCAGUUCUUGGAACACUAUGCUUGUUUUCUGGAUCACUCUUGUUAUACGGUUUAGUACUGAUGCGCAAAUAUCGAAAUCGCAUGUAUCGAGAGAUCCAGCCUCUGGUUAAUAACACGGGAAAUGUGUCAUACGAUUCUAACAAGAAUAGAGACGAACCUUUGGGAAGAUCUCCAAAAUCCCAAUAUAAAAAAGUUACUGAGGCUAGAAGCAAUAUUGUGAAUCCUUGUGCGGUCUACAAUGAAGAGGCUGGCAGUCAAACGACAAAAGGAAAAGCAACUGAAACCUAUACAAGGCAGUCGGAUUCUGUAUAUGAGGGGACUCUAAAAGCUGGAAUUGCAUCCAAGAAUACCAGAGCACCAAUGGCCGCAAAAUGUAUGUCCAGGAAAGCUGCUAAAAUUGUGUUCUGGGUGGCUAGUGCGGUACUGGUUGUUUCCGUAACGGUUCUGCUGGUAUUCCCUUCAAUUUAUAAGAACCAACUGAAAGAUGAAAUUACCUUAACUGAUGGAUCAUUGCUCACAGGUAUAUGGAAGGAUAUACCAUUACCAUUGUAUGAGAGGCUUUAUUUUUUUAAUAUAACCAAUGAAGAAGACUUUUUAAAACAUGGAGCUCCUCUGAAUGUCACAGAAAUAGGACCUUAUACUUAUUCUGCUCGAUGGGUCAAGAGGUAUCCUGAGUGGCAUUCAAAUGGAACCGUAUCGUACAGAGAGACUAGAACGUAUCAUUUUGAACGAGGACUGUCUGUAGGUUCUCAAGACGACAUCAUCACGACUCUAAAUGGGCCCCUUAUUAUUGCUGGUGAGAUACUUAAAAAGUACAAUAUCGUGGAAAGAAUAGUAGUAUCAGCUAUUCUAGGUAUAGCUGGUGAACAUUUAAUUAUUCAGAAAUCAGUAAGAGAACUGGCAUAUGAAGGAUAUCCUGAUACGAUAAUAAAGGUUGCUCCUUUUUUUAUGCCGAACAUUCCUUACCAGGAUGGACUAUUUUCUUGGCUGUACGGUAAAAAUGCCACCAAUGAUGGUCUUUUCACUGUUUUUACUGGAGAGAACGAUCCACAGAUGACGAACAUCAUCAACAGGUGGAACGGUGAGGACAAAGUGACUUUUUGGAAAGAUGAUAGUUGUAAUUUGAUAAAUGGAACAAGCAUAGAGACCGGCCCUCCUCUACCAGACAAUCCGGAAACAUACACUUUUUUCCAAUCGAUCUUUUGUAGGUCUCUAACUUUUAACUAUACAGAAGAUGUGAACCAUUAUGGCGUAAUAGUUAAGCGCUUUAAGCCCACAAGACAAAUUUUUGCCAAUGGCACAGAAAAUCCAGAAAAUGCAUGCUUCGAUAUAAUAGAAAGACCAUCAGGAGUUUCUGACAUCAAAAACUGUCAGUUUGGAGCUCCAGCUUUGAUUUCUUGGCCUCAUUUUUAUAUGGCUGAUCCUUCAUACCUAAAUAACAUAAACGGCCUUCACCCAAAUGAAGCAAAUCAUGGCUCCCAUUUAGAUGCGGAUCCCAUAACAGGAAUAUCUCUUGAUAUUCAGGUUCGGUUCCAGAUCAACCUUGAAUUGAGCAGAGUGAGAGGUCUUGUACAAUUUGAUGAUAUCCCAGAGGGAAUUUUUCCUAUUCUUUGGGUCGGUCUAGAGAUUCAUAUCACAGAAGAUUGGGCUCAUUUUUUGAAAGGCCAACUUAAUAACCCUAAAAUCAUUGCCUACUCCGUUUUGGGAGGUAUAGUUUUGAUUUGUCUCGUCUUGAUUAUAAUUUCUCUUCUUGCUUUGAGACGUACAUCAAAUGAUGACGAAGAUGACCCCUUGCUUGAUGUCAAAGAAGAACACAAGCAAAAUCUUAGUAAAAAAGUUAUUGUGCCAAAUUAUAAUUCUAGCGGCUCACACAGAGAAGGUACAUCUGCUGCCAGAGACGAAUUGAAAAGAAAGGAAGCGGAAGCUGUUAAUUCUGGAUCAAUAAAUGGAGCCUAUGAAGCAGAGGAUGUUACCGUAGUACCUGUUGAUUCAACAAAUCGUGAAUAAUUAUAAUUUAUCAGUCAUUUACCAUCAGGGCUUUCAUAUUUUAUAAACAAGUUUUGAUCAUUUGUAGAAGGAGGAAGUUAAUUGUGUACUGGACAUCAUGACAUAUUACCUAGGAAACAGAAAAAGUGUUUAAUAUUAUACAGAUCUGAAUUAAAUAGUCUCGCUUUUUACUUUGUAUUUUGACCGUAUUUGUCUGUAACUAAACUAUUUUUAAUGUUUAUAUUAUAAUAAAUUUUGAUUUAUGUUCUUUUGA